GGGUAACCUUUGUUCUUGGGAGGACCCUAGGACAGGACAUUUGUCACCAUGAGUGCUGCCCCAGAAGUCAAGAGUCGUGGGAUGAAGUUUGCUGAGGAGCAGCUGCUAAAGCAUGGGUGGACGCAAGGCAAAGGCCUGGGCCAGAAGGAGAAUGGGAUCACCCAGGCACUCAAGGUCACACUGAAGCAAGAUACUCAUGGGGUAGGACACGACCCUGCUAGGGAGUUCACUGAUCAUUGGUGGAGUGACCUCUUCAACAGGACAGCAGCCAGCAUGAUGGUAGAAACUAAUCAGGAUGGAGUCCAGAGAAGACGCGAGUCAAAGGAGACUUCCCGCCAUAAACAUCACAAGCCCAAUGCACUAUAUCAGAAGUUUGUGAAGGUGGCCACACUAACUUCAAGUGGGGAGAAGCCAGUGCAGGACUUGGAGCACUGCAGUGAGGACAACAGCUCUGGGACUGAGCCUCCAAAGAUUCUGACUGAUGAGGUGCUUCUGCAGGCCUCUGAGGGACGAACAGCACACAAAGCUGCCCGGCUGGGGAUCACCAUGAAGGCUAAGCUUGCUCUGCUAGAGGCCCAGGAGCAGGCCUUCCUGGCUCAUCUCCAAGGUCAGGACUCUGGGUCCCUGUCACUUAAGCCUGAAAGCAAAGCCCCAAAAAAGAAGAAAAAGAAAAGGAAGGAGAAAGAGGAGAAAGAGAUGUCAGUCCCUGAAGAGCAGGUACAAGUGGAGCACCCAAGCUGUCCUGAGCAGAGCACCAGGAAAAGUACAAAGAAAAAACGCCAACAGAGGGACAGAGAGGAGUCAGAAGGAACCACUGCAUACUUUGAGGAAGUGGUGGCAGCAACAGGAUCGGACCUUGGGGAACCAUAGAGCAGAGAACAGCCCUGUAGGAAAAGGAAGAGGCAGCACCACAGUGAACAGGCAGAUGAGGGGAGCAUCUUAGAAAAAAGGGCAUGAGGCUGCCUGCGACCUGGAGAGCCAAGCUCACAAGGACUCACUGGGCAGGAGCAAGAAGAAGCAGCCUCCAGCGGAGCUAAAGGAUCUAGACAAAAAGGCUGGCACAGCCAUCGGUGUCAGAAAGCACAAAA